AUGAGAACUGAUAAUUCUGAGUCAUUUGAAAACGUUGCACGUCAGACAGAAGGUUGGCAAUAUGACUUCAGACAAACUGAAGGGAGUUGCACACCAAUUUCGGAUGGCGAACCCUCAUUUUCAGAAGGCGAGUUAGAGAAAGUGUUAAAAACCGAGUUAAAGAAAAAUAUAAAAUUUUCAGUGAAUAAGAAAUUUCAAAGAACUAACUUAGCGAUUGUUGAAAAGGAAAAAAUCGAAAAAACAACAGAUGAUUUAGUGAUUUAA